AUGAUCACUAAGAACAGCCCUUUCCUCUCUGCUCCACCCGGGAAGAUAGUGAAGCGCAUCAAGAAGGUGGGGAUUGUGGGGAAAUAUGGAACCCAUUAUGGAGCCUCACUCUGUAAGAUGGUGAGAAAGAUUGAGAUCAGCCAACACACCAAAUACACCUGCUGCUUUUGUGGGAAAACAAAGAUGAAGCGGAGGGCAGUCGGUAUCUGGCAUUGUGGAUCUUGCACGAAAACAGUGGCUGGAGGAGCUUGGGCCGAAAACAACACCACCAUCGUUACAGUAAAGUCUGCAAUUCACCGUCUGUGGGAGCUGAAGGAUCAAUAA